UCACACAUACCACACCGCUCACCAUUUCCCCCUUCUCUUCUCCUUCUCCUUCUCCUUCUCCCCCAACGAGAGCGAAUCCAUGGCGGAGGAGAAGGCGAAGGCGACGACGACGACGACGACGAGCCCCAUUCGCUUCGGCAUCGUGGGGUGCGCGGAGAUCGCGCGCAAGGUGUCCCGCGCCAUCGCCCUCGCCCCCAACGCCACCCUCGUCGCCGUGGGGAGCCGCUCCCCCGACAAGGCGCGCCGCUUCAUCGCCGAGAACGCCCUCUCCUCGUCGGUGCGCGCCGUGGGGUCCUACGAGGAGCUCCUUGACGACCCCGCCGUGGACGCGGUGUACAUGCCGCUCCCCACGAGCCUCCACGCGCGCUGGGCCGUCGCGGCGGCGGAGCGCGGGAAGCACCUGCUCCUCGAGAAGCCCGCCGCGCUCUCCGCCGCCGAGCUCGACCCCAUCCUCGCCGCGUGCGCCGCCCAUGGCGUCCAGUUCAUGGACUCCACCAUGUGGAUCCACAACCCCCGCACCGCCCACAUGCGCGGCCUCCUCUCCGAUCCCUCCCGCUUUGGGGACCUUAAGAUGAUAAACAGCAUUUUCUCCUUCUAUGCGGACGAGGACUUCCUUAAGAACGACAUCCGUGUGAAGCCCGACCUCGACGCCCUCGGAGCCCUCGGCGAUGCGGGUUGGUACUGCAUCCGCUCCUCCCUCUGGGCUGCCGACUACCAGCUACCCAAAACUGCCACCGCAUUUCGCAACCCUGUUUUAAACGAUGCAGGCGUAAUCUUAUCGUGCGGAGCCACUCUUCUUUGGGAGGACGGAAAAAUCGCGAUAUUCCACUGCUCUUUCCUCUCUCACCUCACUAUGGACCUAACGGUUAUCGGAACGAGAGGUUCGCUUCAUGUCAAUGACUUUAUCAUUCCUUAUGAGGAAAAAUCCGCGGAGUUUUCCUUUGCGUCUGAUUCGGGUUUCACCGAGCUUGUGACCGGAUGGCAGCCGCUGCCGAGCAAGCAUGUUGUCACAACCGAGCUUCCCCAGGAAGCGCUUAUGGUGCAGGAGUUCUCGAGGUUGGUGGCAGGGAUCAGGGAUUCUGGAAAUAAGCCAGAGGAGAAGUGGCCGACUAUUACUAGAAAGACGCAGCUUGUGAUCGAUGCAGUGAAGGCGUCGAUCGAUAAGGGAUUUGAGCCUGUUGAGAUUGUUGGUUGAAUGAAGAUUUUUUUUUUUAUUUUUUCCCGAGUUAAAUGUGUAAUUUGGAUGCAUGAUAAAUAAGGCUGUAGUUGCUGUGAGAGGAUAUCGAGAUGUUUAGUUUGCUGGGGUACUAUGGGGAAAGUUGUUGAGCUCCUUAGAUGAACAUGUUUGUGUGGUGAACUUUGCUUGCUGAUUUAAUGUCACAGUGAUUUGUUUCAAGAUUACAUAAUUAUCCAACAUUUCAA